AUGGCUGACAAUUAUGAUGUUGAUGAAACCCAACUAACUGUUUGCGAGGACGACGAUGGCCUUAACGGCGUGCACAAUGAUGACGACAACCUUGUAAUAAUAACUGCAGAGGAUGUGCAGCGGGAGAUUGUGGGGGCCAAGUUACGUCACGAGUCAGCCAACGUCACAACGACCGCCCCCUCCCACACGGAAUGUUCGGAUGAACAACUUCACACGCCUACUGUCCGUGCAAACGCGCACACAGACGUAAUCGACCCCUCCACGCAGCGAAUGUACGGUUGCGGACAGGCCGUAAAACGCGUGAGGCUGUCCGAACAGGAAACAAGCGACUCGCCGUCAACCAGGCGUUUAAGGACUUCAGAGAACAACGAACAAGAUCAUGACCAACGAGGGCUAACAGCUUGGUCUGAUUCGCUGGUCCACGCAUGGGAUCAGGUAUCCUUCACUGAUACGGAGAGUGAGGAAGAAGAAGAAGAGGAGGAGGAGGUGGAGGAGAGGUUUUUAACUAUAGUAAAACAGGGCGAUUUGGAGAGCGGUACUUUAACUCUGACGCUCCCGAAACAGGAUAACGUUCACACCGACGCACCUGCUAGCACACCUGCUAACGCACCUGACCCACCGUCUAAUAAAGGCGAUGAAGAGGAUCACAUCGUCAACGAGAUCUUAAACAAUAUUCUGGAGAGUUUGUGUUUAAAGGACGUGUAA